CUCUCCCUCUAGCUUGGUAUCAGUCGCCAUGCCCUUCGAGGACAUCUUCGGCGAGCCGCCAUCUCCGGCCAUCACUCCGUCCUCCCCCGGGACCUCUCCUUCCCUUUCCCACAACACCACCGCUGCCCUCUCCUCCGAUCUCGCCCCAGUCCCGUCUGCCCCCGCUCCCCCUGUCGUACCACCGGCCGACACCCUCCUCAUCUCCUUCCACAAUGAUCAUAUCUCCAACCACAUAAAAUUCAAACUCGAUCCGGCCGAGAACAACUACAUCAAGUGGCGCACUUUCUUCUACUGCGUUCUCAUGCAGUAUCACGUGCAAGAUCACGUGGAUCGCCCGCCUCCUCCCAACCCCGAUGCGGCCUGGCUUGCGGUCGAUCAUCACCUCACCCUCUGGCUCUACUUCACCCUCGCCGACUCCAUUCUCAAGCUCGUCAUGGGCGGCGCCGUCAACGCGUUCACCGCGUGGCGUCGUAUCCGGGACUACUUCCUGGCCAAUGAAGGCGCCCAGUACCUUCAUCUGACGCGCCAGUUUCGGAACCUGAAGCAAGGAGACCUCUCCGUCUCUGACUAUGCUCGCCGUCUCAAGGCCCUCGCGGACGGCCUCGCGGACACCGGUCACGCGGUUGAGGAUCACGACCUCACCAUGCAGCUCCUUCAUGGUCUGGAUGCCCGCUUCGACACCAUCCGCACCAUCCUCGGCGAUACGGUCCCCCUGCCGCCGUUCCACGUCGCUCGCUCCCGCCUGGAUCUCGCCGAGUACAACAUCAACCUCCGGGUAGCGGAGGCCGGCUCGGCUGCUCUCACCAUCUCCGGCGGUCUCAACUCCAACAACGACCGCGGUGACCGCGGUGACCGCGGCGAUCGCGCCGACCGCACCGAUCGUGCCCCCCCAUCGGAUCGCGGAUCUAGCGGCAACGACGGACGUGGCGCAGGCGGCGGUGACCGCAGUGGCGGCCGUGGGCGCGGCCGGUCUGCGUCGGGUGGUCGCGGGUCCGCCCCGCCUCAAUCGUCCCCUUGGACCGGGUACUUCGCUCCGUACGGCAUGGCCCUCCCUGCCCCUCGCUCCGGGUGGGUUCCGCCUAAUGCUGCGGGUGUGCUCGAACCUCGCCCCGGGGUGCACUCUCAGGCGUAUCCACUGAUGCUGUCCGGGCCGUCGCCGCCGCCUCUGUCUACACCACCGUACCAGGCCGGCCCGCCUUCAUGGGAUCACGCCGCCUUGUUCCAGCACGCCUACAGCCAGCAGGGCCUCCCUCACCACGGAGCUGACUGGAUCCUCGACUCCGGCGCGGCCACACAUGUCACCGGCAAUCCUGGCACUUCAAACCCGGACUCCUCUUCUGACGUCUAGUAGCGCCGGUCCCCUCUACCCGUUCUCUGGAAAUAACUUUGUCGAUGGCGCUGCUUUCUUCACCACUCCAGGCGACUUGUGGCACCAGCGCCUCGGCCAUCCGGGCAAAGCUUCACUUGCCUCUAUCUCCAAGGAUUUUCUUCCAGAUUGUAAUAACACUGCCUGCUCCCCAUGUACGGCAUGUCAAUUAGGACGGCAGCCCCGUUUAGCUUUUUCCUCUUCCCAAAAUUGUACUAGUGCACCUUUUCAACUUAUUCAUUGUGAUUUGUGGACCUCCCCGGUUGUAA